UCUAGUCUCCGAGGGGGUGCUCUCGCGUUGCGGCGGCGCCGACUUCCGGUGCCACUUCUCGCGGGGAUUGGCUGUUAGCGGUGUUGCGGCUCAGCUCGUGUGCAGUGGCUGUGGCGGCGGCAGCGGCGGAGCUCAGCACUAUGUUACAAGGGAUGACUUGUUGAGUAACGGAGGGAGCGAUUUACAUUUGGAAAUGAAGUCUCAUACUAUUUUGUUGGUACAACCUACCAAGAGGCCUGAAGGCCGAACUUAUGCUGAUUAUGAAUCAGUGAAUGAAUGUAUGGAAGGAGUUUGUAAAAUGUAUGAAGAGCAUCUGAAGAGAAUGAAUCCCAACAGUCCCUCCAUCACAUAUGAUAUCAGUCAGUUGUUUGAUUUCAUUGAUGAUCUGGCAGAUCUUAGCUGCCUUGUGUACCGAGCGGACACUCAGACAUACCAGCCCUAUAACAAAGAUUGGAUCAAAGAGAAGAUCUAUGUGCUUCUCCGUCGGCAGGCCCAACAAGCCGGCAAAUAAUCCAAGUGGCAGCCUUGGGGGGGAUGUGGGGAGGGCUUGGAAAACAGGUGUGUACAGCGUGCUGUAGUGAGAGCUUUGUAUUAUAGAAGUCCUCUUUCCAUUUUGUUACAAUCUAGCCAAGGCUGAAUGUAUUAGAUUUUUGUCUUGUUCAAUCUGAAGCCCCUGUCCCUCCCUACUUUCUUUUUCUUUUUUAUUAAAAAGUAGCUGAAAAUUUGUCUUCACUCAGUUAGCACUUGGUUACAGUUCUUCCCAGCUGUUCAUAUCUGCUUCAUAAUGUUCAUUGUACUUAUACCCUUCUGUGUGAAGGUUUUUCAAAAUUUAGUUACGUCCUCAAAACUCAAAGGCUUAGUAGAAAAUACAAUAAAUGCUCUUUAGUUAAGCUUUCUCUGGGUUCAUUUUUUGUCUAUGAGCAUAUGUUCCUGUAAAACAAUUUUUGUAGCAAAAGGAAAAAUUGCACAUUGACUGAACUGUAUGUCUUGGUAAAGUUAUAUCAUUUGAGAAGCUUUUAUCUCAUUUCUGUGGCAUAGUAAAUGCCAAACAUAUAGUUCCCAGGUUUUCAAAUAGUGUAAUCAGAAUUUGAUUCCUAGUGAAGUCACAUUAUGGAUCAACAACCAAUCUAUAUUUUUUGUUCAUCUAAUUUGUUCAGGUAUUCUUGUUAAUGAAUUAAUUUCCUGGCUACACAACUUGGAGCUUUCAGCAUUUCAGCACUAAUUACCUACUACUAUAUAGAAAAUGAGAGAAAAGCAGCGAACCAUUAAAAGAAUAAGUGAUAAAUUUAUCAUUUCUGAAGAGUGCUUGCACUAUCAAUUUAUCAUUUUCCUAAUAACCAUAUGUUUCUAGCUCUGUUUCCAAGCUUUAGAAACUAGGGGGACUUUCUCUAAAUCUGCUACAUUAUUUUGACUUUAAUCAUAAUCAAGUGGCAAAUAAGGUCACCACAAGAUUGGCAGCUAACAAAAUCUUAGUAGUAGGUCGGGGUCAACAAACUAUAGCCUGGUGAGCCAGCUAAAAAUGCUUUUUACAUUUUAAUAUAAAGAUUUGUUGUGUUAUAAAGACCAAAUGAUUUGAUAACUAGUGCAGUGCCUGGCACACAGUAAACACUAUACUAAUGUUAAUAUUUUUUAUUCUAAAAAUUCCUAAAAAACCAUUCUUAGGAGAUUUGGUUGUUGAUUUACCAACUUCUCUACAGGGUGACUGGCUAAUGAGUGAAUGGCCUAGUCUUCACUAACUGAGUAAAGAACCAAAAUGUAACCUAUUAAUACGAAGUGAUGAUUCUAUAGGAAAUCAACAUUGCUAACAAAAUUAUCCUGCUAAUGUUCCCUUGACUUUGUUUUCCAUAUUUUUGUAUUAAUGUUCUUUUGAUUUUACAUUUAUCACAACCCACUAACUUCCUUGCCAAAUAGGAGCCUUCCCUUUCAACAAAUAUAACCAAAUAAAAAUAAAUAAUUGUACCUGAAAA